UAUUUGAUGUUCAUUUCUAGUCGCACUGUAUUUCGAUCACCAUGUCUGUGCCUGACGCUGUUUCGUUAACUGUUUCAUCAACUGUUUCAUCAACUGUUUCAUCAACUGUUUGCAUCAACAGCCUUGUAUUCUUUGACUUAGAAACCACGGGUCUUCCUGCUGACCAUCCUGCAAGAAUCACAGAAUUGAAUUUUUGUGGAGUUGAUCGAUUGCAGUUUAUGGAGUGCAAGUCCAAAAAGAUGCCUCGUGUCACCAACCGGCUGAAUUUAUGCAUCGAUCCUUCCAGGCCCAUAGAUCCAAUAGCAACUAACUUGUCAAAACUCGAUAAUCGCAAUUUGGGUAAACAGAGCAAGUUUGAUGAGGAUGUCUUCAACGUUAUUGUCAGCUUCUUAAGCAGGCUUCAAAAGCCCAUCUGUUUGAUAGCCCAUAAUGGUAUGAAUUUUGACUUCCCAAUCUUCAAGGCAGAGAUAGCUAAGUUUGGAGAGAAGUUUCCUCAAGACCUAUAUUGUGCUGAUUCUCUUAAAAUCUUCGGUUUACUGCAAGGUGUAUCUACCGAACCCCCCAAACCUAAAAAGAUGCGUAAAACAAAGUCGAAUUCGCUUCGUUUAAACGAAAUUUACCAGAGAAUAUACAAGAAGAAACCAGAAACGUUGCACGAGGCAGAGGCUGAUGUACGAAUGUUGUUUUUGUCGGCCAUCGCGACCCCCGAAGAAUUUUUGAAGGCUGUCGAGAGCAACGCAGUGCCGCUGACUAGUAUACAAAAGUGCUGGUAGAUCUCAUGAAUUCUGCCUGGUUAUAGAGAAAGGAUGUAGGUAAUUUGUAUAACUGAUUCGCACGAAGGGUGGAAAUACUAUGCCAUGUUUGAUUGAUUAUCUAAAUUGUUGACUCCCCUGCACGCAGAUUAUUUCGUGGACGUUUUGGUGGUUUAUUGAAUUU